CAGCGCGCAUUUGCAGAAGUGGCUAAAACGGGAAGAAAAAAGGGCGUUUUGACUUUAGAGCCGGAAUAGGAACGUGACGAAGCGUGCAUAGGCUUGUGCGUUCUGUGAAAAGACCCACAGCUCUGGUGACACGUACGUUCAAUUUUCUAUUGGCGGGGUUUCAGUGGCCGAAAUUACCUUUUGUUUUAGUCGUGAUUUCGUGCAGCUUACUAGGAGUCAAAGGUAGAUAUGGCAAAAUUAUUCCGUGCUGCUAUCCUGGGACCCCCAGGAUCGGGAAAAGGCACGAUAUCAAAGAGGAUUGCGCAAAGCUUUGGCCUGCAAUAUGUGUCCAGUGGCGACUAUUUACGCGCGGGCAUACCAGCCAACACAGAGGCAGGGGUGCAGAUGAAAACCUACAUCGAGAGAGGCCUCUCAGUGCCUGAUCACGUCGUAACCGGACUGGUUCUCCCCAAACUGGAACAGCUGAGCAGUCACAGCUGGCUGCUUGACGGUUUCCCCCGCACACUGGCUCAGGCUCUGGUGCUUAACAAUGUGUACCAACUGGACUUGGUCAUCAGCCUCAACAUUCCAUACGAAACGCUGAAGGACAGACUGAGCGACCGCUGGAUCCACCCCGCCAGCGGAAGAGUUUACAACAUGAGCUUCAACCCGCCCCGAGUGCAGGGGAAGGAUGACAUCACCGGGGAACCGCUGAUUCAGCAUGAUGACGACAAGCCAGAAGCUCUGAUGUCCAGACUGAGGCAAUACAAGGAAGUGGCAAAGCCUGUCAUAGAUUUGUACAAGACACAAGGAAUCCUUCACUCGUUUUCUGGAACAGAAACCAACAAAAUUUGGCCUUACAUCAACUCUCUCCUCAGUACCAAGCUGAACAGACAGCCGUCCGAUGCUCACCAAACGCCCUGACACUGCUUUGAUUGUUAGUCAGCGGGGCGACAUCCUCAUCACAUGCUGGAAGGAGGUUCAUAAACAGUCAGUGUUUUGUUUCUUUUUAUAAAAUCUUUAGUGCAGAUAUUUUCUACAGCCUAAUAUUCAGUUUUGUUCAGAAUUCCAGACUCUUAAAAAGUGGAAGGUUCCAAAGCUUGUGGACCAGAUGUGUUUUUGAAUACUCUGUAAUAGCAGGUGGGGUACUUCUUUGGAAACCAAAAACAGAUCAUUGUUAUCAGUAAAAAUGUGACACCAAACCCUAGAAAACGAGCUUGUCUUUCGGUUUUAGCAGAACCUCAUCGGCUCCGUGAUGACAAAGGAGGAUUGAUCUUUGACAAUCUUUUUUUUGUUUGUUUUUCUAAACUUAUGCAAACUUUGAGCUGAAAAGCAAACUUUCCUACCAAAUCAUCUGUUAGGAACAUAGGAAUAUUUCAAUUUAGAGCUUUACUGGCUCAGGAAGUCAUUUCUCCUUUGUUUCAGAGGCGGCGUUAGAUGUCUGAAUGUCCGUGUCUUCCAGCUGAUGCUGGGCGGCUCUAAGAGGCCUUCAACUGCAUUCUCUGGGCCUCACUGUAAACUAACCCCUUCAAUUUUGUUACAUUCCUUUAAAUCUACUCUAAAGUUGCCUUAAGAUUUUCCAUAUUCCAUCUGUAUGAAAUAUGAAAUGUUUUGGAAUACUUUUGUAGGUUUAGUUUCACUUUACAGCAAUAAGAGGUCAUUUUUUAUGAUGAUGUAGUCAUGUGGGUCUUUUUUUUUUUCUUUUUCAUUGUGGAUGUGCGGCAGAAAUUGUCGAAUGAAAAAAAACGUUGGGGAUUUUGCUUUGAAUCUUUUAGUGAGAAUAAAGUUCUCACCAUUUAGAUCUUCAGCGGAAAGCUUGUCUUUUGUGAUUGCAUCUUUCUAGUGACCAAUGUGAGCAACAGACCAAAUGACCUAAAACUACCGAUAGCUUCUGUGCAAAUGCAUCACAUUCAAGUAAAACAUAAAAUAGUUUCUGGGAUCAGAACAUGAUCUGGUUCUACAAACCCAAAGGUUUUUGCUUUUAUUUAGUAUGUAACUUGGACGUUGAUGUUUGAUAUUCCAGAACUGUAGGUGUCUUUGCGCUGUGUAGAUAGAUAGUCAUUCUAAGCUUAGGAUGGAAGCACAUGAAAUAAAAUGAUCAUGUAAUGAAGUGGCAGUGUGCAGCGGUGAUGCAGCACACUUUCCCUGUGGAUUAUUUUGUGUUAGACUGUUCAUUUCGAUGCUCACUCUGUGGCCUCCAAUGACAUUGAUUAUGUAUGAAGAAGAUCUGGCUUUAUAUCAGAAACUUGAAACGUGUUACAUUCCGACAACAAUAAUAAAACUGUUGUUCUGUGGCUA